AUGCAACAGUGACAUCAAACACCUGAAUAUUGAAGAUGAAGUAGUAUUUAUUGUGCUUUAUUUUGAUUGCGGUGUUUUACUGUCAUAAUGGACUUCCUGGUUGUUACAGUGUACGAAACGUUCAAAUCUUUGAUUUACAAAAUAAGGGUUCCUGGAAUUGAAAAAAAAAAUCUGUUUCUCAUUUACAGUAUGAUAAUUGUUGUUCAAUACAGAACUAUUGAACAUGUUGCAAGACACUUGAGGGUAUAAAUCAAUGACGAAAAUUUCUAUUUCAUAGAGGAAAACAAGAUAUUGAUCUUUAAAACGCUCAGAUUAAAGAAUAGAAGUAUCAAUUCAAUGGCUACUUUUAGGUUUUGAUCUGAUGUUUUCAUAUACUAGCCUAUAUAUUGUAUAGAUAUUUUAUCGAAUUUCAUAUAUAAUUUUCCUGGGACCAGUUGGCGGUAAAUCAAAGCCUGUUCAGAUAUAGUAGGGCUUUAUUUAUUUAAUAGUCCAAUAGGCUGAGGAAACUCACCGGUUUCCAUUAGAGUGAGAUUAGGCUGUGAUUUUGUUAGGAAUCUUAUUAACACAUCGGACUCGGCAUUUGAAUAUGGAGAAGUAUUUGGAUACUCGACUUAGGAUUCGGGAAAUAUUCAGAUCAGCUAUAAAUAGAAUGAGUGGUAAUACUGUGGUGGAAGACCCGGGGAUACCUUUAGUGAACAGAAGAAACGGGAAAUACCACAAAUACGUGGAGGAGGACAUCCAAAGCACGAGUACUGGCACCACUGUCAUGUCGUCCAAAUUUGACAACAUCAGUUACCGUCUGAGUAGAAGGAAAGUUUUACUUCGUUACAGGACAAUCAUUGUCAACUUUGAGUUCUCUUGCGCCCUUUUAGGAAUCAUAUUCAUGCUGGUGGAGACUGAGCUAUUUUUCCAAGGCGUGAUUACCAAGUCUUCAGUUGUGUCUAUCGUUCUCAAGUCGUGUAUUUCCGUGACAACGCUCUUUCUUUUGAUCGGUGUUAUUGCGUACCAUAUAACUGGAAUACAGUUGUGUAUGACGGACAAUAGCUUAGAGGAUUGGAGGUUAGCCGUUACCUUUCCGUGGACGUACUUAAAAAUCUUACUUGAAAUAGGUGUUUGUAUCAUACACCCUAUUCCUGGGAACAUUUCAGUUUCUGCAAUUGAUCCCAAUGGAAAAUCCAUGGAUGUUUCCAUUGACGCCAUCUUGUCGAUUCUCAUGCUAAUGAGAGUGUAUUUGCUAAGUAAAUUCAUGGUGGUUCAUAGCAAACUAUUAACAAGUACGGCCACACAAAGCUUAGGCGCUUUGAACAAGGUAAAAAUAAAUUCAACAUUUGUAUUCAAGGCACUAAUGUCUUCAAUGCCAGGAACGGUACUGGUAGUGAUAAUGCUUGCCAUUUUGGUCGUAAAUUCUUGGGCCAUGCGCACAUGCGAAGCAUACUACCACCCAGACGCCAAAAAUUCUAAUUUCUUUAAUGACAUGUGGAUGAUUGCAAUAACUUUCCUAACAGUGGGUUAUGGAGACUUGUAUCCCAAUACUUACUGCGGGAGAUUCGUUUCCGUAGCAACGGGUUUAAUGGGCGUUGGAACAACGGCUCUUCUUGUCGCUGUUCUUGCGCAGAAAUUGGAGCAAUCACGCGCAGAAAAAUACGUCCACAAUUUUGUCACCAGGGCACAAUUGGACAAAGAGAGAAAAAUCGCCGCAGCUGACACGAUCAAAUACGUACUACAGUUAUGGAGAAUGAAGAAGAAUAAUGAGAAUAAUAGUCGAAAACGAAUUCGAUUACACGGGAAGUUGCUGCAGGCAAUAGCUGCUAUGAGGGAAGCGAAGAAUGAGAAGGCUUCUAUAGGGGAAACUGCGAUUGGGUUUAUUGAAAUUGCAAAAAGUGUUAAUGACAUCGUGGAUCUUUCAGAGUCGCUUCAGGAAACUCAAUCUGAACUUCAAAUAAAAAUGUCAGAUAUGGACUCCACAAUGAAGGAAAUGCAGACUAAAAUGGAUGCCAUUUACAGUGCAGUCGUGAAACGAUGACCAAGUGAUCAGUUAGUCACUUGACGAGCCGUUAUUACUUAUCGGGUGGUGGUGAAAAUGUCUGUUUUUAAAGUAAUGCUAACUUUACUAACAAACAAGAGUGAUUUCCACGUGUAUCGUUCAUUAGUACAUCUUUGCUGUCGCCGUUUAUGCGCCGUAAGCUUCUAGGUGCUUAAAUGGAACGUCAAUAUUCAUUGCCAUUUGAACUGAAUUUUUUUCUUCUUCAUUCUAUAAGCCCUGAUAAUAGAAUUUAAACAGAGAUUUGAUAUGUAUGUAAUUUGGAAUGUUUUCUCUUCAUUUUUAAGCCAUGUUAAUAGAAUUUGAACAGAGAUUUGAUGUAAGUAAUUUGGAUUUAGACAUACUAGGGAAACCAAUAGUGUGUUUAUAUGAGAUAUCAACGAUGUUUUCUGUAAAGUUGCUUAAAAACAGGUUUGACCGCUUAUUGUAAGACUGUUUAAUGGACAUAUUGAUUGCAAGAUACAUGUAAGUCUAUUGUGAGUGUUAGUAUAUUAAUUCGCGUAGUCCUCGGAUAUUGUUUCAUAGUCCCAUAUUGGGCCCAAAAUGUACGACUAAAUGUAGAGACGAAUAAACUGGUGAUACAGAAAAAGACAAAUCUUCUGGGGGGUUUUCUCUCCUUUUGAAAGUAGGAAAUAACAAAAUAUUCCCUCAAAGCAUCUUAUUGUGUGAAACAAAGGAUAUUGAAUCAUGAAUAUUUUUCAGUAUGCGAUUGGCUUUUUAUAUAUAUAUAUAUAUAUAUAUAUAUAUAUAUAUAUAUAUGCAUGAAUUAAUAUGCGUCACAUCAAUAUCAAAUAGUAGCAUGGCGUUCAUUAAGAUUAUUCAUAUGUAGAGCUGUAGAGUUGGACAAAAACGUGUGUAUUUCCAUUUGAUGAAACCACAGGGACAAUUCCAUAAGCAGUCCGAGGCAAAAUGACACGAGUGUAAACUUCUCGCCAAAAUACCAAACCGUUGUACAUUUCUUACCAUUAUCGCCGUAUAUUACCAGUGCAGGGGCCCAUAGUAUAGGAACUCGUGUGCUAUAAUCUUACUUUGAUGUCACAGGCUGUCAAUAGAAUAAGCUUAUAUAGUAUACAUUAUUGCUGAUUUUUAUUAUGAAAUGUCGUACUCCCGAUUCAUGAAACACUGUCUUUUCUAAUAAGUACAUGCUACCUGGUAUUUUAUGCGCAAUAGGCGAUUGUUUUAUUUAUAUUUGAUGCCAAUAUAAUGCACAAGUG